AUGGUGCAGAGCAGACUUUGUCUUCAUCUCAAAUGGCACCCUAUUCCUUAUAUCACCAACCGCUACAUCUACGACACAGUGCUGCUAUUGGCCAACACUUUCCACAGGAAGCUGGAGGACAGAAAGUGGCACAGCAUGGCCAGCCUCACCUGUAUCCGCAAGAACUCUAAGCCCUGGCAAGGAGGACGGCCUAUGCUGGACAAUGUCAAAAAGUCUGGAGUGAGUGGUCUGACUGGCUUCCUGGAGUUUACAGACAACGGAACCAACCCCAACAUCUACUUUGAGAUCCUGGGGACCAACUAUGGCGAGGACAGGGGCAGGGGUGUCAGUAAGCUGGCCACCUGGGACCCAGUGCACGGCCUCAACGGAACGCUGACAGACAGGAAGCUGGAGAACAACAUGAGGGGCGUAGUUCUGCGAGUGGUCACUGUCCUGGAGGAGCCCUUUGUGAUGGUGUCAGAGAAUGUCCUUGGGAAGCCUAAGAAGUACCAAGGUUACUCCAUCGACAUACUGGAUUCCCUCUCUAACUACCUGGGCUUCAAGUACGAGAUCUAUGUGGCCCCUGACCAUAAGUACGGGAGCCAACAGUCCGACGGGGUCUGGAACGGACUGAUGGGAGAGCUGGUCGCCAAGCGGGCAGACGUGGGUCUCUCGGCUCUCACCAUCACGCCAGAACGGGAGAGUGCGGUGGACUUCACCACACGCUACAUGGACUACUCGGUGGGUGUGCUGCUCAGGAAGGCCGAGCGUACCGUGGACAUGUUCGCCUGCCUAGCGCCCUUUGACCUGUCGUUGUGGGCGUGCAUUGCGGGCACCGUGCUGCUGGUGGGCAUCCUGGUCUACCUACUCAACUGGUUGAACCCGCCGCGCCUGCCCAUGGGUGCGGUCUCCUCCACCACCUUCUACAAUUCCAUGUGGUUCGUCUAUGGAUCCUUCGUCCAGCAGGGUGGUGAGGUUCCGUAUACCACCCUGGCCACGAGGAUGAUGAUGGGGGUAUGGUGGCUCUUUGCUCUAAUCGUCAUCUCCUCCUACACGGCCAACCUGGCUGCCUUCCUCACCAUCACCCGCAUCGAGAACUCUAUCCAGUCUCUACAAGACCUUUCCAAGCAGACAGAGUUGCCGUACGGGACGGUGUUGGACUCGGCUGUGUAUGAGCAGGUGCGCAGUAAGGCCAUGAACCCCUUUGAGAGGGACCCUAUGUACUCCCAGAUGUGGCGCAUGAUCAACCGCACCGGAGGGGCCGAAAACAACGUGGACGAGUCCAAGGAGGGCAUCCGCAAGGUGAAGUACGGGCGUUUUGCCUUUGUGUGGGAUUCGGCGGUGCUGGAGUAUAUGGCCAUCAACGACGAGGACUGCUCCUUCUACACUGUGGGGAGCAAUGCACCAGAUCGGGGCUACGGCUUCGCCAUGCAGCACGGCAGUCCAUACAGGGACAUCUUCUCCCAGAGGAUCCUGGAGCUGCAGCAGAACGGGGACAUGGACAUCCUGAAGCUGAAGUGGUGGCCCCGGGACAGCCCAUGUGACCUGUACUCAGCGGUGCACACCAAACACCGCGGCAGCGCCCUGGACAUCCACAGCUUCGCCGGCGUGUUCUGCGUGCUAGCGGCCGGAGUGGUGCUCUCCUGUGUCAUUGCCAUGGUGGAGACCUGGUGGACUAGGAGGAAGGGCUCACGAGUCCCCUCCAAGGAGGUGAGGAGCUGGGGGAGGCCGGGUGGUUGUGUUGUGUGGGCUCGGUCUGUAGGUCUGGGUAACACUUGACUUGAACCCUCUGUUUUACGGCUGUGGCUGUAUGUCGUGUCUACUGUACAUGGUGUCAGCGUCAUGAUGUCACAGAUGUUUGUACAUAGUCAGGAGAGCUGUCGUUUACCUUUUUAAACUGUCAGUCAAGUGGUCUGUCCCUUGCUGUGGUGUCCAAGUUAUCCACGGCCGGCUGAAAUGACGGCUAAUAAACAAAUGUCUCAUUUGGUGUUUGAUUAAAAUGUCAUACAAAGUGAAACUCUGGCACACUCCAGUGUUUUUUCCCUCUUUGCCACUGGAACUACAUAAGGUGUGAGAACAAACCACUUCAAUUUAACUGACAUCUGUUGCUGGGACUGCACAUGACAUAGGACA